ACAUGACGACCCUCCGCUGGCCUGCUGGAGCUAACAUGCUAUCCUCCUCUGCUGUCAACAACCACGAAGAAGUGACGGGAAUAAACCUCAACUAACCUCCUCCAAGUGUAAACCCUCCACCUGUACCCAGGGCAUUGCAGAGAAAGGGACUCGUCUCCUUUUCCUACUUCACUCUCUUCAAGACAUCAAGUCAUUAAACUUCCGCUCAAUAAGUCACAGAGGUUUUGGCAUCAUCCUCGAGGCUCAUCAGUUUAAGCAAGUCCUCCAUCAGCGCCGGGAUAUCGACAGACUGAGGUUGUGGACUCAUGGGCAAGAUGAAUAGGCGAUAAAUAAGACAUCAAACUUCAGAGGUAAGGUACACGUUGAUUUCGUAAUGACAAGCUGCUGUGCAGAAGAUGUCCACGCUGUCUGUGACUGAUAUCCCAGAUGUUGGUCAUGAUGAGAGUAAGGUGUUUGACGGGGCCGCAGAGCUGCAGCUGGACUGCAUGGUUGAGGAGAACGGUGGAAGAACCACAAUGAAGCACGAAAGCCUGCUGUCGCUGACUGACCUCUCCCAGCCGGACGACUUCCCUGUGCCCCCUCAUAAUGGCCCUUCAAUGAACGAGAUGAGCAGCCCUCUGCCGGUGGAGCUAAAUGAUAUCAAACUCGAUCCAGCUGCAGGCGACACAUCUGCCAGCAUAGAUGGUCAGCCGGUAAAGAGAAAGAAGGGUCCUGCUCCGAAGAUGCUGGGUAAUGAAGUGUGCAGUGUAUGUGGUGACAAGGCUUCUGGUUUCCACUACAACGUGCUAAGCUGUGAGGGCUGCAAGGGCUUCUUUCGACGCAGUGUCAUUAAGAGCGCCCAGUACUCCUGCAAGAACAACGGCCGCUGUGAAAUGGACAUGUACAUGCGCCGCAAGUGCCAGCAGUGCCGCCUGCGCAAGUGUCGGGAGGCGGGCAUGCUGGAGCAGUGUGUACUCUCUGAGGAGCAAAUCAGACUGAAGAAGAUGAAGAAGCAGCACGACGACGAAUCGGCCCGGACGUCCACCGUGGUCACCCCCACCCUUCCACAGGAAGCGGCCCCACUGGAUCCUCAACAGCAGGAGAUGAUCGAGAAGCUGGUGGCUAUGCAGAAGCAAUGCAACAAGAGGUCCUUCCUUGACCGACCAAAAGUGACGCCGUGGCCACAGAGUCAGGACUUACAGAACAGAGAAGUGCGUCAGCAGCGUUUCGCCCACUUCACUGAGCUGGCAAUCAUGUCAGUGCAGGAGAUCGUGGAUUUUGCUAAGCAGCUUCCUGGAUUCCUCGAGCUCACAAGAGAGGAUCAGAUUGCUCUGUUGAAGACGUCUACCAUUGAGAUUAUGCUGCUCGAGACCUCUCGGAGAUACAACCCUGCCAUCGAUAGCAUUACAUUUCUGAAGGAUUUCAGCUAUAAUAAGGAGGAUUUUGCGAAAGCAGGGCUUCAGUUUGAGUUUAUUAACCCCAUCUUUGAGUUUUCAAAAGGCAUGAAUGACCUGCAGCUGGACGAGGCAGAAUACGCCUUGCUAAUUGCUAUCAACAUAUUCUCUGCAGAUCGGCCUAAUGUGCAGGAUCAUGAUCUCGUGGAGAGGCUGCAACAACCGUAUGUGGACGCUCUGCGCUCUUACAUCAUGAUAAAGAGACCAAAUGAUCACUUGAUGUUCCCCCGUAUGCUGAUGAAGCUGGUGAGCCUUCGCACACUAAGUAGCGUCCACUCGGAGCAGGUUUUUGCCCUUCGCCUACAGGACAAGAAGCUCCCCCCGCUGCUCUCCGAAAUCUGGGACGUCAACGAGUGACUGCAAACCUGAUGUCACACUCCGUGGCUUCUGAAGCCUGAGACAGACAUGGUAUCCAGCAGGAACACUGACUUCUCUCUGCCCAUCUGGUCAUGGAUUGGUUCUAUGGUUGAGUUGUUUUUUUUUGUGAGAGGAGAGCCUUUAUUGCUCUCAAACAAGACUGCUAAAAUGGUUUUGUGUUCAUAAGGAGAAACAUGAACACCUAGUUUUUCUUUGAGCCUUUUGUUGUUCUUCCUUUUGUGUUGAUGCUGACAUGAUCGUGACAAUAUUAAAUACCAGCAUCAGGCUCUUUAGCCAGUUAUCUCUGAUUUAAUACCUGUUUUGAAAGUCAAUCUCUAGUGCAGUUGUAAACUCAUCCUCUAACAAUUAUAAUCAGAAAGCUCUGAGCAGGUUUUUAGCUGUGGCCAUCUCAAACAUGAGGAUUACAGUUGCACAUUUGGUCGAAAAUAGUGGUUUUUAUUUUGCAGUCGUGCAAUAGGUGGAUUGGAAGCAGAGUCGGGAUCGAGUAGACCCACAUCUGCUGUACACUUUAUUCAUGUUGAGAUAAACGGUAGGCCAUCAGAUUGGUAUUGUGCAUUGUGAUGUGGCAACUAAAAGUUUUUGUUAAUUUUUUGGAGUUAGUGCAGAAAUCAAAAGAUUGGUGUAGUUGCUCAGGUAAAGUAAUGUGAAGUAGACCUCUGGGAAUUAGUGGCAUCUUUAAUUUCUAUUAGAUUACUCGCGUUUUUUUUCCAAGUGCAUAAGGGACCCUUUUGGUCAUUAAUAGAUGCCCAUAAACUUUUAUGUAAAUUGUAUAUUUAUUUUCACAAGAAAAAUGUAUAGAGCGCACACAUGAAAAGUAUCCACGACAUUGUACAAUCACAUACUAACGCACAAGAAGGUAAUAGUCUGCAAAAGCUGAUGAUAGAGUGAGCGGCACAGGGCGCGCAUUUACAGGAAAUGGUGAUGUGACUUAAACUUUUUUUUUUUUACGCAGCACAUUGCUUCUUUGGAAGGGAUGGUCAUGAAAUUCCAUGUAAAGAUGAAAUAUUUUUUAAAAAGAAGAAGAAAUUGAGCUACCAUCUACGCCCUCUUUUCAAAUGAAUAACAACCUAAGUUGACAAAGUUGAAAUUUUUAAAUUAGAUCAGAAAUGAUUGCUCCAGCUAACGUCCUCAUAUUCACGAUUGUGUGAAAUCUACUUAUUUCAUUACAUAGCAGUACAGCUAUUAUCAUAUAGGGGAUUUUGAUUUGUGAUUUUUAUCACUAGCAUUUAGAGGUGUGACACAUGUAUGAACUUUGUACAUAUAGUCGGGGCAGGAUAUACAUUUCACAAUCUUUUAUUUUUUAUAAUAUACUUUAUGAAUGAUACUGAUGAAAAAAAAUGUAUUCCUGAAUAUCCAUUGGAAAACUAACUUGAUCUAUAGGUCUACCAUUGUCUGAGUAUUUUGCUUGGUCAAAUACUCUACACCAACAGCUUUAACUGGUCAGAUUUUGGGAAGCCAAUUUGCCAAAAUUGAUACUAACAGGGAGCAGAGAACAACAGGAAUGAGUAGAAACAUUUAAAAAAAUCGUAGUGAACUUUAUUACUACAGAAAUCCAGAUGUUUAUAUUCAUGCUGUACUUAACGUGCUUUCUCCUGUGCAGCAUGGACUUGAAAUGCUGCAUAAAGGACGAUAAAGGAAUGUCAAUGUAAAAUCAUCAUUGUGCAGUUUAUUCCAUCUUCAUACUCUUUUUGUUUUAGUGGGUUGCAGUUACCUCAGGAGGGCUGAAAACUGAACAAUACAUCACUCCCCGUUGUUGCAGUCUGAUUUUUGAAGUAGCGGUCCCUUUAUUAACCGUAUGCGUAGCUAUUUACAGCUAACACCAUCGAACAACGACCAUAACCAUUGAUGUAAACUGUUGUUUGCCCUGUUUGAAAACAACCUGCUCCAACCAUUUCAGCUUUCUUUUUCACCGCCGGCACAUGGUCUUAUUUCACAGCACCACUCGAUAUCAAACAUUAUACAUCAGUGUGAUACUUUUAUAUAAUUUUAAACUACAGUUCCUAAUGGUUUUUAAUUUAAUAAUAAUAAAAACAGAACUUAACAGCUGAAAUGAUAGAUUGAUUCUUCACAUGAGCACUGACAUACUGUACAAGUACCCACGUCUCACAGUAACACAGGCACAGCUGGUGUCCUUCUCAAUUAUAUUAACAGGCGGGCCUGGUUUUGAUUUGAUAUAAGAUAAUUCUGUCCAAAAGCGCUCAGUGAUUGGAUGUAAUGUGUUUCAGGAAUAUGAAUGUUAGACUUGGGAGUCUCUUUUUUUUCUUACUUUUCCACUAACCUGAUGUGUUACUUUUUGUUUUUGUUUUUCUGUUUAACUUAAUCAGCUGUUAUGAUCUUCCAAAUGGUCAAAACAUAUUUUUGCAUAACAGACGUUUUGACGCGUCAUAGUAGGAAAAGCACAGGUGUUACUAAUGUCAUUAAUGAUGGCUCUGCUCUGUUCAGGUGCCACAGUGAGUCAGCAUUUAUAACAGCAGGACUCCUAAAACAGAAGCAGCUAAAUGGAGUACAACCAUCAUUAUUAAUUGUUUAUGUACAGCUGUGUUUUUCCUACUGUGACAUGUCUAAAUAUCUGUCUGUGAGAAACAUCUGUUGUUUUAUACCUCUGUCCAUCGCACAGGGCAGGAGGAGUGUGUGUGUGUGUGUGUGUGUCUCUGAAACCCAGACUUAACAUAAGAUCAAGGGAAUACAGCAGUGCUUACUAACACAACUCUAUUGAUGGUAAAAGCAUUCAUUGGUGAGUUGACCGCUGAGGUUGUGUUUGCCAAUUUAAUCAAUGAUGAUAUGUAAAUUUUAUUUUCAUGUUUUUGUGGUGUUUGAUUAAACGGUCAAUUUCUUUUUCUAAAUCAAGCAGUGGACCAUAAUUCACAUCUUCUGGUUGGCUCUGAUUUGAAUGUAUUUACUUCAUCCAAAUGUGCAAAAUGCAUUGAGCUCCACCUAUUGAUGGUAGGUUUUCCCUCCACACUCUGUACUUUGUCAGUCAUCACAGCAACAAUUACCAAAGUGUUUUUUCCACCUCUAAAAAAAAAAAAAAACCUGACAAAGUCCUCAAACAGAUAUUUUAUUCUGGACUAUUUUUGAGUAAUACAUAAGCUGCAGUUGCGCUCUUUUUUUAGCUGUAUUAUUUUUAAAUUUGCUUGAUUAUAACAUCAAACUUAAUACGUGUAACACUCAAAAGUAUAACAGAUCUUCCUGAUGCACUUACAGUUGCCACAAGCAGGAACAAGUACAGACAGACAGAAGUCAACAGAGGAAAAAACAUUUUCUGACCACAUAUUGAAGCCUUUUACCUUCCCUUUCAAAAUCGAUUCACUUUUUUUAAUGAUGCUCUAAAAAUGGAAACAUAAUUUUGAUAUUGAUUUCUCUUACGCCGCUCCAACCUCGUGGUAAUGUCUUUAAUGGUGUUAUUUUUUUCAUGACCAAUGUACCAACGUAAUAAUAAUAAGCAUAUUAGUACAAGAGUGCAGAAGACUGGUGAUUUUAUGUUGGAUGCAUCUGAAACAAAUCACUCUUUUUUUCGGUCCCCUUGCAAUGAAAUUAAAAGGUUGCUUUUGCUUUUCUGCUUGCUGAGGUGUCACUAACCAUAGCUGUACAUUCAAACGUAACUUAUUGUAAUAUUUGGAUGAGUUUAUCCAACAUGCCCCAACCCAAUCACAGGUCAAUCUACAGAAGGAAUUUGAUGGAACUUGUUUGUUUUUUUUGUUGUUUUUUUUAAAUUUUUUACAUGUACUCAAAUCACACAAACAGGUACACAGUAAAAAAAGCACCAGUUUGCUUAAUGUACAUGUUUGUUAUAAUGUUGUAGGUAUCAAGGUUAAUUGUGCUGUACAUAAAUUGUCAUCUAUGAUCUCAUUUGAUUCCUCUGUCGUCAAAAGGUUGACACUGUAAAUCAUUAUUGAUACAUAGAAAUGCAAAAACCUAUUUUAAUACUUGUAACUGCUGAAGACCUUCUGUUUUGUAUGUACAGUAAAUUAAAAGCUGUCAUGCUAAUA